UUUCUCCCAGUCCCUCUGUGUAUGUCUCUUCCUCUCUGUGUGACUUGGGUUUACAUGUGUGUAUUUAGUGCAUGUGUGUGUGUGUGCUCUCUGCGCCUGUUUGCGUCCGUCUCUCUCUCUCUCCCCUCUUCCCUCGGCGUCUCUCCCUGUCUCUGCGAGUGUCUCUGUGUCUCCGUCUGUUAACAGCAGAGCCUGUCCGGCAGAGCAGCGGAUGUGUGAGGGAUGAUUCAGGGGCUGACAGGAAGCCCGCUGCCUUGCCUGCUGCCCGCCAGAGUCUGUGGCGUUGGCGUCAGCUCGGGCAGGUGUGUGGGCUCAGGAUGAAGUGGCCGCAGUGAGGAGCCCCCAGCUGUCAGCCCGGCCGGUGAGCCAGACUGUUUAUCAUCUGCCGAAAGUGCUUUGAGGAAGGCACUGCGUCGAUCCCCAUUUUGUAGAUGAGAAAACCGAGGCCAGGAGACAAACAGGCACAAGCUGGAGUCCUCCCUCCACGACCAGCCCCGCAGGACGAGUGGCUAGGAGCGGACAUGAACGUGGACGCCGAGCUGCUGUGGCCGGGGGCGGCCCUGCUGCUGCUUCUGGGGACGGUGGCCAGCCUGUGUGUGCGGUGCUCCCGCCCAGUGGUGAAGAAGUCUGAGAAGAUCUACGAACAGAGGAGCCUGGAAGAGAAUGCACAGAACUUUGCGGUGGCCCGGACCUAUUCCUUGGUCAGGCAGGCCUGGCCAGGGCCCCUGCUGGACACAGCCUCUGACGUGGCACCAACAAGGAAGGACAAGCUUCUGCGGUUCUCCCCCAGCGUCGAGGAUUCUGCAUCCUCUAGGUACCUAGAGAACUUCAGCAAAGGAAGCAGACGAGGAUCUGAUGGAGCCUUCAUAGACCCCAUCGCCACGCACUAUUACAACUGGGGGCAGUUCCAGAAGCCCUCGGAAGACGAUGAUGAUGCCAAUUCGUACGAGAACGUGCUCAUCUGCAAGCGGAAGGACACUGAGUCAGGAGACGAAGGAUCUGAGGACUAUCAGAACUCAGCUUCCAUCCGGCAGUGGCGGGAGUCCAGGAGGGUGGUGGAGCAAGGCCCGAGGGAGGCGUCCCAGUCGCUGGCAGGAAGCCCGGACGAGGAGCCCGAUUACGUGAACGAGAGUGUGGCAGCCACAGAAGCCUAGCGAGGGCCUGGAAGGAGCCGAGGGGACCACCAAGCUCAGAGGACUAUUCACCGCCUCCCCAAAGGUCACUUCUCUGACUUGCUCAACCGCUAGACCCCCCACGGUUACUCCUGGGAGACGCGCUGACACGUCUGAGGACCAUCCACCAGGCCGCGGGGGACCGGUGGGGAAAGGACAGUUACAGGUCGCAUCACCCCCUACCCGCCCCCCCCCCCCGCCCCCGCCCGGCUCCCAUGGGAGCCCAGAGCCCCUGCCGUGAUUGGAUGUCAAGAUUCAGGGCAAGUUGCAUCCCUGUCCCCACAUCUAGAACAUCGUGCAUCACCGGUACUCCUGUGCUUUUUGCUUUGGAUUCAGGUUCCAAAGUGCUAACCAAUGCCGGCUGCUGGGCUCUUCCUCGUGGUCCAUAAGCUUGUACAGUUAAUUUAUAUAGGUGGAGCCAUAUUUAAUAAUCCACAUCUCCGGGCAGAGAUCCGGUCUGUCUCGCCUCCUAGAAGCAUUACACGUAAUUUCAGCAGAGUUAGGGGAGCCCCGGCGCUCCUUUCUUUGGGCCUCGGUUCACUUGGAAGAAGUAAGGCUGCAGGGAACUUCGCGCAGCCCGUGGGGACGUCUGCUGUGGACAGAGUGCGUCACGUUUCCCUAGGAGCGGAGCCGCGCGGCCGAGCUGAUUGGGCAGAAACACAGCUGUUUCACGGGAAGGGCAGGGGCCCAAAGGGACCUCCCGAGUCAGAAAAGCCACAGCCAGAGAAACGAGAUGCUUCCUUCAACUGAAACAUCCCAAUAGACCAUUUUCAUUUAAAAGUA